GAGGGAACCCGAGCGGAGAGCGCGACGGCCCGCGCUGCCCCUCCGCCGAGCUGAGCGGCCGCUGCUGACCGCCUGGCUUGCCCGAGCGGGGACCGGAGAGGUGUCAUGGAGGAGUUGGUGGAGGAUGACAUCUGUAUUUUGAAUCAUGAAAAAGCAGACAACAGUCAUAAGAGAGAUGGGGAGAUUCCUGUUUCAGCUUACAGUGGGGAUGAGUCUGUUGCUUCACACUUCGCACUUGUCACCGCAUAUGAAGAUAUCAAGAAGCGGCUAAAGGAGACAGAGAAGGAGAAUUCCUUUCUGAAGAAAAGAGUGAGAAUUUUAGAAGAGAAGUUGCUUGGCUCUCGUCUGGAGGAGGAAUGCAGUUCAGUUGGACGUGAGCAAGUCAACAGGGCGUACCAAGCCUACCGAGAGGCCUGCAUUGACAGAGAUAAUCUGAAAAGCAAACUGGAUAAAGUGAUGAAAGAAACUGCAGAAUCCUUGAAAAACUUAAAUGAACAGUUGCAGUCCAAAGAAGUAGAGCUCUUACAACUAAAAACUGAAGUGGAAACACAGCAAGUUAUGAAAAGUCUGAAUUGUUGUACUCAGACCAGCUGGGAAAUAGAGAAGCUGAACAGUGACCUGAAAGUGCACAGUCUGGAACAGGAUCUAGAGAACCUCAAGCAAGAGUGCAAUAGUCUCAGAAAGGAAUUGGAGAAAUAUAAACAGAAGGACCAGGACCAAGAUGAAAAUCCAUUAAAUGGAGACAUUCUUCAAAGGCAAGCUGUUCAGAGUGUGCAGCAAGCAUAUUGGGAACUGAAGAGAGAAAUGUCUAAUUUGCAGCUAGUGACUGAAGUGCAAACUGAGGUUCUACGAAAAUUGAAAACAAACAUAACAGCGACCAAGAAAGUUGCCUCUUCUGCACCAGUACAAUGUCUUGAGUUGAAGAAUAUUACAAGGCAGAACUUGAUGUCUGGGGUAGUGUAUAAAAAACUCUCACAAAGUGAUAAAGUACUCUGCAAUGCUGCACCACCGCCUCUGCCGGGAGAUGCGGAGAUCCCAUCUGAAAGGGUGAUUCUACAAGCAUGGACAGAUGAGAGACCCAUUCCAGUUGAUGGUAAAACAUUUCAGGAACACCAUUCUUACGGAAAGAGCUCUCUGGAAGAUAAUUCCUGGGUAUUCCCAAGUCCUCCAAAACCUAAUGAGAAUGUGUUUUGGGAAACAAAUAAGAUUUUGUCAAACUGUCCGGCAGAUUACCUGGAUCAGUGUAAUCAAAACUGUCUGCACAAGAACUAAGCAAUUUUUAGAAUGAACUGUGGCAUUUUAGAAUGAUUCUGAAUAGGCACCUUACUGCUUGAACUUUUGAAGAGGUACUUAAAUUGGUUGAAGUGGUUUUUGUUUUGUUUUGUUUUGUUUUUUUUAAAUAUUCUAUUUCUAAAACAGAAAACCCUGUCUUCCUCUGCUGUAAAUCAGGAGCAAGUUCCUUGAAGUUAAAGCUCUGAUGGUAUAAUGUGAACGAAUCUAGCAUGGGGCUUAGACAGCCUUGAUUGCAAAUGGCAUCUGUUUCCAAAAGAUUACAGCAAAUAGUUCUUGAAAUAAAGCAAAAUUUCAUUCUGUA